AAUCAUAAACAACAAACAUUUUCAAAAUAAUCCCAAAAAGACGACACGCGUUCCUUUUCCAAAAAUUCACUUCUCUACGUACCAACCACAAUGGCUCAUUGUUGCACAGUUCUUACCGGUUUACUAGUAUGGUCUCUUUUGAUGCUCUCAUGGUGCGAAGCUUCAAGAAACAACAUUAAUAGAUAUGAUCAUUCUUAUGGAACGUUCAAAUCCAAUAGCUUAAUCAAGCGAAGAGACGAUAUCACUCGUCUGAAAAGUGUUGCAAGAGCCUCUUUGCGGCUUCCAACCACCGUUAGUGUUUCUGAUUUUGGAGCUAAAGGAGAUGGAAAAACCGACGACACGCAGGCGUUCGUGAAUGCAUGGAAGAAAGCUUGUUCUUCAAGUGGAGCUGUAAAUCUCUUAGUUCCUGAAGGAAAAACUUAUUUCCUUAAGUCUAUUCGAUUAAAUGGCCCAUGCACAUCAAUUCUUACCGUUCAGAUUUUAGGAACGUUAUCGGCAUCUCAACAACGAUCGGAUUAUAAAGAUCUCAGCAAAUGGAUUACGUUUGACGGCGUUAACAGUCUAACGGUUGAUGGCGGGGCCACCGGAACUGUCAACGGAAACGGCGAAACGUGGUGGGAAAACUCAUGCAAACGGAACGAAGCUAAGAAAUGCACAAAAGCCCCAACGGCUCUUACUUUCUACAACUCAAAGAAUUUGAGAGUGAAUAAUCUGAGGGUGAAAGAUGCGCAACAGAUUCAGAUUUCGAUUGAGAAAUGUUCCAACGUUCAGGUCUCAAAUGUUGAGGUCACUGCGCCUGCUGAUAGUCCUAACACUGAUGGUAUCCACAUCACUAACACUCAAAACAUUCAAGUCUCCAAAUCCAUCAUUGGAACAGGUGAUGAUUGUAUAUCUAUUGAAAGUGGAUCACAAAACGUUAAAAUCAACGAUUUAACUUGCGGCCCUGGUCACGGUAUCAGCAUUGGGAGCUUAGGAGAUGACAAUUCAAAGGCAUUUGUAUCAGGCGUGACUGUGGAUGGUGCUAAACUUUCCGGUACAGACAAUGGAGUUAGGAUCAAAACUUACCAGGGAGGGUCUGGAACUGCUAGCAACAUUAUAUUUCAGAACAUUCAGAUGGAAAAUGUGAAGAAUCCAAUUAUAAUCGACCAAGAUUAUUGCGACAAGAGCAAAUGCACUGAACAAAAAUCAGCGGUCCAAAUCAAGAACGUGGUCUACCGGAACAUAAGCGGCACAAGCGCAUCGGACAUAGCAAUAACUUUCAACUGCAGCAAGAACUAUCCAUGCCAAGGAAUUGUACUCGACAAAGUGAACAUUAAGGGAGGGAAAGCAAGUUGCAGCAAUGCUAAUGUGAUGGAUAAAGACGGUGUUUUGCCUCAGUGCAAAUCCACCUGAUUAACUAGACCUAUCAAAAAACUCACAUAGAUUUAUAAAUACAUAUAGACCGAUACAAAGUAUACAAAAUUAUGAUAUACACUUGUGGAUAUAUACAUGGACAAUGAAUUUAAACAUAUUGUC